AUGACGUCUCGCCUGGUUGCUCGUGGAAGUUGAGAAAGAAUUUCGACGGGCGGAAGACGAAAAACUGGCUGCGUUGUGCGAAGAAGACGUGGGAAAUAGCUGCUCGCAGAACUGCAAAGAUGCUGCUCGUCGCUCUGUGAACAUACCAGCACCUGGACUCGCCGAUCCAUUGGUCCCGUAGGCAGCCGCACGGCGCGAUUGUUGUCGUUUGGUGGGGCUGGCCCUGAACCUGCCCGCUUCCGCUCCAAACUUCUGCCGCCUUCUAGCACUUUCGAUGAAAUAUUUGCGUCAACAAUAAGAGCUGCCAGCUCCCAUCCGCUGUCCUUUGUUUCUUCAUCCACACAAACUUGAUACCCUCUGCAUUCUGCAAACGAGUCUGAGAGCUUAAGCUCACAACUUUAACCUUUACCUUUCGAUUCAACCACGAUUUUUUCCCUUUCUAUUCCGCACUCACACACAUUACACCACAAACACACACAAAAUGGCUCCAGCCGUAGGUAUCGAUCUUGGAACUACCUACUCAUGUGUAGGCAUCUUCCGAGAUGACAGAAUCGAAAUUAUUGCCAACGACCAGGGCAACCGCACAACGCCCUCCUUCGUCGCCUUCACCGACACCGAGCGUUUGAUCGGUGAUGCCGCCAAGAACCAGGUCGCCAUGAACCCCGCAAAUACCGUCUUCGACGCAAAGCGAUUGAUCGGUCGCAAGUUCGCCGAUCCAGAAGUUCAGGCCGAUAUCAAGCACUUCCCAUUCAAGGUCAUCGACAAGGGCGGCAAGCCCAUCAUCCAGGUCGAGUUCAAGGGCGAGACCAAGGAAUUCACUCCAGAGGAAAUCUCGUCUAUGGUCCUGACCAAGAUGCGUGAGACAGCCGAGUCGUAUCUUGGCUGCACCGUCAACAACGCCGUCAUCACUGUUCCAGCCUACUUCAACGACUCACAGCGUCAAGCGACAAAGGACGCUGGUCUCAUCGCAGGCCUCAACGUUCUCCGAAUCAUCAACGAGCCAACCGCCGCUGCUAUCGCAUACGGUCUGGACAAGAAGGGUACGGCCGGCGAGAAGAAUGUCCUCAUUUUUGAUCUCGGCGGUGGUACCUUCGAUGUGUCUCUCCUUACCAUCGAGGAGGGUAUUUUCGAGGUCAAGGCUACUGCUGGUGACACUCACUUGGGUGGUGAAGACUUUGAUAACCGCCUUGUGAACCACUUCGUCAACGAAUUCAAGCGCAAGCACAAGAAGGAUCUCACCUCUAACGCUCGUGCUCUGCGCCGUCUUCGCACUGCUUGCGAGCGUGCCAAGCGUACUCUGUCCAGCUCAGCUCAGACUUCGAUCGAAAUCGACUCGCUGUAUGAGGGCAUCGACUUCUACACCUCAAUCACCCGUGCUCGAUUCGAGGAACUGUGCCAAGACCUCUUCCGCUCCACCAUGGAGCCCGUUGAGCGUGUCCUGCGCGACGCAAAGAUUGACAAGUCCUCUGUUCACGAGAUCGUCCUCGUUGGCGGUUCCACUCGUAUCCCCAAGAUCCAGAAGCUUGUCUCCGAUUUCUUCAAUGGCAAAGAGCCGAACAAGUCAAUCAACCCUGAUGAAGCCGUUGCCUAUGGUGCUGCUGUCCAGGCCGCCAUCUUGUCCGGCGAUACAUCCUCCAAGUCGACCAGCGAGAUCCUGCUUCUCGACGUUGCUCCCCUCUCCAUUGGUAUCGAGACCGCUGGUGGUGUUAUGACACCACUCAUUAAGCGCAACACCACCAUCCCAACCAAGAAGUCCGAAACCUUCUCCACUUUCAGCGACAACCAGCCUGGUGUGCUGAUCCAGGUGUACGAAGGUGAACGUGCUAGGACCAAGGACAACAACUUGCUGGGCAAGUUCGAGCUCACGGGUAUCCCACCUGCUCCUCGUGGUGUUCCUCAGAUCGAGGUCACAUUCGAUGUCGAUGCCAACGGUAUCAUCAACGUCUCAGCUGUCGAGAAGGGUACCGGCAAGUCGAACAAGAUCGUCAUUACCAACGACAAGGGCCGUCUCAGCAAGGAGGAGAUUGAGCGCAUGCUUGCUGAAGCUGAGAAGUACAAGGCUGAAGACGAGGCUGAGGCUGCCAGAAUUUCGGCCAAGAACGGUCUUGAAUCCUAUGCCUACUCCCUGCGAAACACUAUCAGCGAGAGCGGUGUCGAUGAGAAGCUCGGCAGCGACAAGGCCACUUUGGAGGCUAAGAUUAACGAAGUCGUUGAAUGGCUUGACAAUAACACUCAAGCGACCAAGGAGGAGUACGAAUCUCAACAGAAGGAGCUUGAGAGCGUAGCCAACCCAAUCAUGAUGAAGUUGUAUGGUGCUGGUGGUCAGCCAGGCAUGGGUGGAAUGCCAGGUGGUGCACCAGGCGGCUUCCCAGGUGCUGGUGGGGCAGCUGGCGGUGCAGGUCACGAUGAUGGCCCGACCGUCGAGGAAGUUGACUAAAUGCUUCAACCCGAUUAAAUUCACGUCAUAUUUUCAUGAAACCAAGCCUCUGCUAGACGCGGCACGCGAAAUCGGGUUAUCGGCGUUUUCAGUUUGGACUGAUAUGGGAAAUGGCAUUUGCGACACGGAGAAAUGGCUUUUGUGGCCUUUUCGUUCUUCCCUCUCUUUUUCUCAAUUCCCUUACUCGAUGAGAUACGAGAAAGAUGACGGGGUAAAAGAUACGAAAGGAUUCUGUGGACACGAAAAGUUGAUUACAGGAGAAUUAGAUAGAGAACUGGCACCGCUGCCGUGGUGACCGGAGAAUGAUUCUCGAUAGUUUAAUGCAUAACAGGAAUUGUUUUCCAAAUA